CCAGCAGGAGGCGCCAGCGUGCCCGCGGGGUGAAUGUCAGCCGCAAACGAAGCCAAAACGAACGUCGGGGUCAUUUCCUGGAUGCUGUUCAAUAGCAACGGUAAAACUCGAAGCUCUGAACGUCAUAUAAAUCUGCGAGUGGUCUCUGCUGCUUUUCCCGCGCACAAUGGAGAAAAAGGGCUCUGAGAAAAACCGCCAUGUGGUACCCUGGCUUACCAAAGCGGAGAUGGACCAGGUUCGGGACUACCUUUACUCGAUGGACUCCUCUCUGCAGGGGGUUGCGUUAGACAGGAUAUCGGCUUGGAGGACCAGGUGCACUGAUAGUUUCCCCGUGGCCAUGGACUGCACAGCGGACCUCGUGCGCUGCCAGAUGCGGGACCUGUCCGGACAGCUUACCGGAGAGGACUUGAUUAUGAUGUACGGGACGGCCCUGGUAAGAUUUGUUAAUCUUAUCACGGAGCGCCAGCUGAAGCCACUGGCUGGAAACUUGAGCAUCCCCGAGUGGAUGGUGGAUCUGAGGAACGAAAUCAUGCAUGGGAAGCUUCCUUCUUUGAAAUGGUGCCAAAGGGGAUGUAAGGUGGCCCUGGAGUGGCUCCAGCAGGAGUUUUGGUCCAGACAGCUGGGAGGAGCCCCCGAUGAGCGCUGUGACUUGCAGUCGCAUGGCGAGGAGGAGGAUGUCGAGCCCCAGGAGGAUGAGCUCGUUGCCAGGCAGAAAGAAGUGGACGCCUACAGAAAAGCUCGGGAGCUGCUGAUCUCUUAUCAGCAGGCCCAGUACCAAGCUUUUCAAGACAAGGAGAAGAGCUCAGCCGGGCCAGCUGAGGGCCACCGCUAGAGCAACAGCGACCUCAACAGACUGAAAUGUGGACUGAAGCUGUUUUAAGUCUCAUUCCAGUCUUCGCUGACUCUUGUGUUUGUUUGCAGUUUGGAAGCAAAAUUACAAUGUUCAGAAGACAAAAUGUUCUGAUUUGACAAAAUGUUCCUUUAAUUCCAAAAAUGUUCCUUUAAUUCCAAAAAUGUUCUGAUUUCUGUUUUCAAAUAAACCAUGCUCUUUGCAA